ACUUCGCCAUCAGCAGGAGGCGGGACGAGCCGGAGGCCGCAUCCUGUGCCGACCAGAAAAUUCCGUGUUAUCACUGUGAGAAGGAUUUUCUUUCCAAACCAGUACAUUCUUAAGCAAGUGAUUUGGAGUAGCGGACAAAGCAGAAAGCAGUGGUGAGGCUCGUCCGGUUCAAGAUUUAUGGUCUGCAUUAUGUCUGGAGCCCGCACUGCGCCUGCUCUCUUCUUCCUUGGCUGUUCUGCGCUUGCGUUGUGCAUCAGCUCAGCUUCCCAGGAGCACCGUGAGGCUGAGUACUACGUGGCUGCUGUGUACGAGCAUCGGUCGGUCCUGAGCCCAAACCCCCUGGAGCUCAUUAGCCGCCAGCAGGCCCUGGAGCUCAUGGAGCAGAACCUCGACGUCUAUGAACAGCAAGUGAUGGCUGCAGCCCAGAAGGGUGUGCAGAUUAUAGUGUUCCCAGAAGACGGUAUUCACGGAUUCAACUUCACAAGAACAUCUGUUUACCCGUUCUUGGACUUUAUGCCAUCUCCCAAGCUGGUCAGGUGGAAUCCUUGUCUGGAACCCUUUCGGUUCAAUGACACGGAGGUCCUCCAGCGCCUGAGUUGUAUGGCCAUCAAGGGAGAGAUGUUCUUAGUGGCCAAUCUUGGAACAAAACAGCCUUGCCUCAGCAGCGACCCUGGGUGCCCACAGGACGGGAGAUACCAGUUUAACACAAAUGUUGUGUUCAGUGACAAUGGAACCCUUGUCGACCGCUACCGUAAGCACAACCUAUACUUUGAGGCGGCCUUUGAUACCCCUGCCAACGUGGACCUCGUCACCUUUGAAACACCCUUUGCUGGCAAGUUUGGCAUGUUCACUUGUUUUGACAUCCUGUUCUUUGACCCAGCCGUCCGACUCGUCAGAGACUUUGAGGUGAAGCACAUUGUGUACCCCACGGCCUGGAUGAACCAGCUGCCACUCUUGGCAGCCAUUGAAAUUCAGAAAGCAUUCGCCACCGCCUUCGGUGUCAACGUCCUGGCAGCUAAUAUCCACCACCCAACUCUGGGGAUGACCGGCAGUGGCAUACACACCCCUCUGAGGUCCUUUUGGUACCAUAACAUGGACGACCCAGAAGGUCACCUUAUAACUGCCCAAGUAGCCACAAACCCACAGGGCCUCACUGGGACAGGGAAUACAACUAGUGAGAUGGACCAGUCCCAUAGGAAGUUCUUAAAAAUCCUAUCUGGGGAUCCAUACUGUGAGAAGGAUGCCCAGGAAGUGCACUGUGAUGAGGCUGCCAAGUGGACCAUGAACGCACCACCUACCUUCCACUCAAAGAUGAUGUAUGACAAUUUCACCCUGGUCCCCGUCUGGGGAAAGGAAGGCCACCUUCAGGUGUGCUCCAACAGCCUCUGUUGCCACUUACUUUACGAGAGGCCCACCCUGUCCAAAGAGCUAUAUGCCCUGGGUGUCUUUGACGGACCCCACACUGUGCACGGCACCUACUACGUACAAGCCUGUGCCCUGGUCAAGUGCGGGGGCCUUGGCUUUGAUACCUGUGGGCAGGAGAUCACGGAGGCUGAGGGCUUGUUUGACUUUCAUGUGUGGGGGAACUUCAGCACUCUGUUCAUCUUUCCUUUACUUCUCACCUCGGGGAUGACUCUGGACACUCCUGACCAGCUUGGGUGGGAGAAUGGCCACUAUUUCUUGAGGAAGAGGGGACUGUCCUCUGGCCUGGUGACAGCAGCUCUCUAUGGGCGACUGUAUGAGAGGAAGUAGGAAAACUGUGGUCAGCGGUGGGCUUUGCCGGCGGCCACAGAUCCCAAGUACUGGGAAAGCUGCCCCUGAGGCACCAGAUCCCAGGGGAACCAUAGGAAGACAGGAGAGGCAGUUCCUUCUUCCUUUCUACAUAAUGAGUGAGACAUUUUCUGGUAUUUUCUAUUCACAUUAGUCUUUUUCAGGCCACACCCUCUUACCACUACACAAUUGGUUUUAAACACUAAACCAAAAAGUAUACAUCAGCUGCUAUUUUACAGAUCCACAGAAUACUGGAUGGUGUUUUUGUUUUGUCUUGUAUUUUUCACUGUUGAUCUAGAGACACUGCAUCGAUAUUCCCCAAACCCAAACACUUUCUGUGCUAAGAAACAUAUUGUCAAAGCAAAGCUGUGUAAAGGCUGCUGUGGUGACUGUCCCUGUUCUGGUCAACAGGAACUCUGUCCAGAUGAGGUGGUCAUGCCAGAGCCACCAGCAGUGUCAAAAAUGUAGUCCUAGGAACAGCUCUUCAAAAUAGAAGAGAGGCCUUUCCUGAAUGUGCCUUACUGUCAGUAGAUGGGCGUGUGGGUGGGCCUAGGAAUAACUGGCAGGGUGCUGCGUUGGGGAAGGCGGGAGGGGCUGGAAAACGUUGAGUAAGGCAAGGCUAGGAAAACAUGAGUGAAAGAAUCACUCUGUCUGAGGCGUCUCAUCCAGGGAUUCCAGAGACUUUAAUACAUCAGCUUAGCAUUGCUCAACUGUGUAGGACACAGUGGCACAGGGUUAGUUAAAUUUGUAUCAAAUAGGUCUCCCCUGUACAGAGAGGCCCGGUGCCCUAUCAGCUAUGGGAGCUGCCUGGUCAGCCUGCCCCAGUCACAGACUUUUGCUUAGCCCAGCAGCACCAGGUCUUUUCCAAGGCCCCACAGAAGCACAGGGCUGCCACAGUAACAGCUCCAAACUGACAGACAUGGUCAGGACAGUAAGAACAUUUAUAGACCACUGGUUUCUAAUUUGCAUCCAAUGUUUCAGAACCAUUUAAAAAAGGUGUUAGUCCUGUGCAGAGUAAUUGCUUCCAUUAUAAAUUUUUAUAAAGCACAAAAUGGAUAGUCUUCUGAUAUUUACCUCAUAAUGUUGUUGCUA